AUGAAGGGAGUGGGUGUUGUUAAACUCAAGUGAAUCUUAGUGAAAUUAAAAGUUACCGUAGUUUAGAAUUUAAACCUACAUAGGUUUAUACUUAAUUAGGCUAGAUAAAACAGCGAGAAGAUGAAUUGCUUAUGAUAACAACGAGAGAUUUCUCACGACACGCAGGUUAACCGCCACACGUCAAGAUGAUGGACACUACAGCUCCUGAGCCGUUAUCCCUUGCUGUCCACUCUGAUGAAAACGAUGACGACAUUGACGAUGGCUGCAUGUCAUCACAGAGUUCAGAGUAUGGCGAUGACGGAGACUUGUCGUCAGGAAUGGCGGACGAGGUCACGGCUCAGUUAGCAGCCGCAGGUUGGCAAUGUCUUCAUGUCGAUGUGGAUGGACCAGUGGGAAUGGCUGCGGCUGCUGCAAUUAUGUCUGCCAAGAAGCGGAAACGGCCUCACUCCUUUGAGACCAACCCUUCUAUACGCAAGAGGCAGCAAAAUCGACUACUGCGGAAACUAAGGCAAACAAUUGAUGAGUUUGCCACCAGAGUGGGACAGCAAGCCGUGGUUCUCGUCGCAACUCCAGGCAAGCCCAGCAAUAGCUACAAAUGUUUUGGGGCUAAACCCUUGGAGGAUAUUGUUAAGAACCUAAGAACAAUGAUCAUGGAAGAGCUAGAGACAGCUUUGGCCCAACAAGCUCCCCCUCCAGUACAAGAUGACCCAUCUCUGUACGAACUGCCUCCCCUAGUCAUUGAUGGGAUACCGACUCCUGUGGAGAAGAUGACUCAGGCUCAGCUACGGGCGUUCAUCCCACUGAUGCUCAAAUAUUCCACAGGCAGGGUGAAGCCUGGUUGGGGUAGAGAGUCUACCAAGCCUCCGUGGUGGCCGGUAGGACUACCCUGGGCCAAUGUACGCAUGGACGCACGCUCUGAGGAGUCAAAACACAAGAUUUCCUGGACUCAUGCCUUGCAGCAGAUUGUGAUCAAUUGCUACAAGUACCACGGACGAGAGGACUUGCUGCCUGGGUUCAAUGAGGAUGAGGAAGGCAAGACAGGAGGCGGGGGUAGUGUGAUGAUGAGCGGGGGUACUGGUGGGGUCAUACGGCUACACAAGGCCCCGUCACCCUCACCUACAUUGACUGAUACACAGAGCUCACAUAUGGACUCAUCAGGUCAACAGGUGACUACACAGUACACACCAGCUGUCCUACAAACCAUCAGCAACCCUGACGGGACAUUGUCCAUCAUACAGGUGGACCCUAACAAUCCGAUCAUCACACUACCAGACGGCACCACAGCUCAUGUACAGGGAGUAGCAACUAUCCAGGCAGGCAGUAAUGAGCAAGGCACUAUCCACACUCUCCACACUGGAGAGGGAGGGGGAGUGGCCGUGGACCUAAGUAACGUUACAGAGGCAACCCUCAAUCAGGACGGACAACUUAUACUGACAGGGGACGACGGACAAAGUUACCCGGUCACUGUGUCAGGUAUGAUCUCAGUGCCAGUCAGUGGUGGCAUGUACCAAACUGUGGUAGCCAACAUACAACAUAUACAAGGCAGUGACGGCACCAUGCAGGUCAUCACGCCAAUGUGUCAUGUACCCAAGGUGGAGCCCGGCUCUGAAGGGGAAGGAGUUGAGACCAUCACACAUCAGCUGGUCAACAUAGCUGGCGAGCCACAGAUGUUGCAGGUGUUGUCACUCAAGGAGCCAUCCGGUGACAAGCCGCAAGAGGUGUCGACCAUCACCUCGGGCUAGACCACUGUCUGAUGUGAAAUCAAAACGCUACUGAAAGUCCUAGAUUCAGUUACUUCUCUCUAUUUAUAAAAAGGACCAACUACUUUGAGGUUUAUUUUAGAGAUACUAUACUUUUUACAUAACUUAACUGUUGUUUUGUGGCUAUAUGAUUAAUUUAUUAAUAUGCUAUAUUUUACAUGUUUCGUGCAAUGAAAGAUUGAUGUCAGUAAUUUAUUUCUUGCUGUUUGUUAAAUACUUAAAUAUGUAUUUCACAGUGAAAACAAAACUAGCAUAAUUAUUAGGCCCUAAUAUGAUUGUUAAAUGCAUGUAUUUUGUUGUUAACUAGUUUAACAAUAUUAUUUUAUAUUUAUUUAUUUAUUUAAAUGGUAGCUUUACCAUGCAUUGAAUUUUAUUUACAUGAGUUUACAAAGGAGUUUUUGUUAUAUGGCUAAUUUAGGAAUUAACGUCCCAACUAAGCUAGCCUUUAUUUAUGUAAUUCAUAAUGUAUUGUGGCUUUUAUUUUUAGAAAAUAUGUUGUAAGUAUGUGUUAUUUCUCAAACAAUCAUUACAACAUGUAUAAAAUUGUACAAGGUUAUGAUUUUAUGUAACCAACUCGAUAUGCAUCU